AUGGACAAGGUCCUCGUUUCGGGGUUGAAGGAGCUGCGGAUUCGGAUGAUCACAUUCAUCAAGGAGCACGUCGCAUGCAAACGGUCAGGCCAUGUCGGAGUUGCUGCCGACGCCUGUGACGACGACGCCGCGGAGCCCCCUUCGGCAUCCCAAGCAGUCGGUGUUGCGGACACCAGCGGAGAAGCCGGAGACGGCGUUGACAAGGCAGAUGAGGAGGCAGAAAGGGCUGUGGCGAGGACCGCGGAUCAGGAAGAGGAGGAGGAGGAGGAUGACACCGAUGAUCAGGAUGAUAACGAGGAGGAUCGUGAGGAGCGUGAGCAGGGGCAUGGGCAAAAGGAGGAGGAGGAGGAGGAGGAGGAGGAGGAGGAGGAGGAGGAGGAGGAGGAGGAGGAGGAUGAGGAGGAGGAGGAGGUAGAGUUCCCCUGGGUCGAAUUCGAGAUGGAGGAUGUUGAGGGAGCGGCGGCGGUGGCCAUGGAGGGAGCGGCGGCGGCCGUGGAGGGAACGGGUGGGAGGUCGGCGGAUGUUGUGUACGAGGGAGGGGAGGGUGCCAAUGUGGAGAAUGUCGUCGUGGAGGAGGCGCACGUGGUCGGCAAUGUGGUUGGCGACGCGAAGGAGGAGGAUAACGCCGCGGCCCCGACGCCGACGGACAUGGAGACCACCAAAGGGAACGCAGGGGUGGAACGCCGGGGUGGAGCGGUAGAGGCGGGCCGUCAACCGGGUUCCUUAGCAGCUGGUCGGCAGGCAACGCCGGCCGUCGUCGCGCAGCUGCGACAGGAGAACAGGUGGCUGAGGGCUGAAAAUGCUCGUCUCGAGACGGCGCUCGGAGUGGAGAGGGGUCGGGUGGACAGGUUUGCGAUGGGGAUUGGCCGCCUCGUGGACAAGCUCAGGUCGUUGGCCGACCAGGUCGCCGCCUCCGACCAGGUUGCGGCGAGUCGGCUAAUGGACGCGUCCUUGACCAUGGUGACGACCGUCACGGAGAACAUCACCGCCAACAUGGGUGAAGCAUGGGAUGCGAUGAAGGCGUACGCUGAGAGGGCGGAGUGCUGGUUGGACGAUCUAGAGGAUCCGGAGGGGUUUAUGGCGGUGCAACGUGCGAACGCGGUCGUCGCCAUGGGCAACCACGUGGACGAAGCGAGGAAGGGGUUGGAGGAAUACAUAUCGAAGCACCUAGUCGCCGCGCAGACCAACAUCGCCGCCGUGGUAACUCAACGCGUCGCUGUGCCACCGCCCACGCCGCCCGCCCCACCGCCAGCCUUCCCGGACGAGCUCAUGAAGUCUUUCAAGGCGGACGUAUUGAAGGCGGUGACUGAGGCCACCCAGCAGUCAUUUGUUGCGUCCGGGUUAAACCUCAUGACUGAGGUGGGUCCAGGCGGCUCGCGGAGCAAGGGAGCCGAUGGGAGCGGAGGUACGAGCGUGGCCGACCAGCUCAAGAAGAACGGGGCCAAGGUGAUAAGGACGCACAGCAAGGGCGAUGGAAUCAGGAAUGCGGAGGGGGGCCCUGCCGACCAGGUUGCCGCUCAAGAGGCUGGACCAACAGCCCCGCCAUUGGUCGCCGACAAGCCGGCCAGUCUAGCAACCGCACCAACGGCGAUAGAUGGCGGCGCCAAAACCGUCAAGGGAACGUCUGGCGGAGUGGCGGGGACCACGUCGAUUCCCCGCAAACCCCCUGCGGCUAGCAGCGCGCCGGUCGCCCCGUCAGCCGGCCCCGAGCCGGCCCCCCAAUAUCCUGACCCCCUACCUAUUGAGCCCGCUCCCACUGCCGACGCGCAGGCAGACUCAGGAUUAUUUUAUCAGUGUAAAUCACCCUGA